CCACUAUAAAUACUUCCGCCUACAUCUCUCAAAUUUCCUCACAUCCAACUUUAACCAUUUUGCCCUCGUCCUCCUUCGCUAUUUACAGUUGUGCCACUCCGGUUAUGAUAGCUUCCUGUGACCGGCGCCAAUACAAGAACCUCCCGCCACUCCUGGCGUCGUCAGAUUGAAAAGCCGCUGAUUUGUUGAACAUGCCGGUAAACUCGAAGACCGCUAACCGGAAAGGAACCACCGGAGAAACGGAGAAAAAUCGUCGAGGAAAGCUACAGGAGAAAGCGAUGUCGUUUCACGGCAGAGGAACGGUGCCUCAUUCGAACCCAGGAGAGCUUCGAAGACCGAAGACGUUGCCGGAAUUAUUCUCCAGCGGUCGAACCGUCGUCGAACCGGUGUCUUCUAAACCGCCGCGUCUGACGAAACUGCUUCUCAACGUGACGGUUCAAGGGAGUUUGGGAGCUCUGCAGAUUAUAAUUUCGCCGGAAUCCACCGUGGACGAUUUGAUCGACGCCGCGAUUCGUCUUUACGUGAAGGAAGCUCGCCGACCUUUCUUACCGGAAUCUGAACCGGCCCGGUUUGAUCUCCAUUACUCGCAGUUCAGCCUCGAAAGUAUAGGAAGGGAACAGAAGCUGAUCUCGCUUGGGUCUAGGAACUUCUUCUUGUGCGGUCGGAAAGAGAACGGAGGAUUGGUCGGAAGUGGAACGUCGGAAUCUUGUUCGAAGGAAGCAGAGAAAGUGGCGGCGAAAACUGGUUUUCACUGGCUCAAAUUCAUGGGUUUCUAGAAGUUUUUACCAUUUCUAAAUUUAAUUUAAACUUCUAUUUUUAUUUUUUUUCUCUUAUUUUAGGAAAUAAAUAUUGAUUUUAGGAAACUUCGUGUUGCCUUCCUAGAAAGGGCCAAAAGAUAGGGGAUUGUUUGCAUUCUAUUAUGAGUCAAACGUUUUAAAUCUGUGUAUAUUAGUAAUCUAUAUAGAAGAAAUAAAGUCAUUAACUAAGUGGGAUAUAAUGUAUUUUUAUCAAAUUAUAUGCCAAUAAUUGUACCUGAUUUUUUUUUUAA